CGUCAUUUGUGAGAAGGCCAAGGCCUUGCAUGCUGACCUCAUCCAGGAACAGCCAGGAACCUCAGGCGAGCCAGAAGUCUUCAAGGCAAGCAGAGGCUGGUUUGACCGGUUCAAGGCAAGAUCUGGAAUCCACAGCGUGGUCAGGCAUGGAGAGGCUGCCAGUUCUGAUGUUCCUGCGGCUGAAGACUUUGCAGCGGAGUUCCUGGAGGCUGUGAAGGCGGAGGGCUACGUUCCACAGCAGGUCUUCAACUGCGACGAGACCGGGCUGUUUUGGAAGAGGAUGCCCAAAAGGACUUUCAUCACACAGGAGGAGUCCAAGUUGCCUGGCCACAACCCCAUGAAGGACCGUCUGACCCUGCUCUUCUGUGCCAACGCAAGCGGCGACCUGAAGACCAAGCCCCUGCUGGUGUACCACUCGGAGAACCCAUGGGCCUCCAAGAAACACAAGGUCGACAAGGAGCAGCUGAGUGUCAUGUGGCGAUCCAACAGUAAGGCUUGGGUCACACGUGUGCUGUUUGUGGACUGGGUCAAUCUUGCUUUUGGCCCUGCUGUCAAGCAGUACCUGCUGGACAACGACCUGCCGCUGAAGGCUUUGCUUCUGAUGGACAAUGCUCCUGCUCAUCCUAAAGGCCUUGAGGUGGACUUGCUGGAGGAGAUCAGCCAGAGAAAUUUGAAUUGCGCUUGGCGCAGCCUGUGGCCGGACUGUGUGGCACCAAGGGACUCUGAUGCACCAGAGUCAACAGUGGUGCAGGACAUUGUUGCCUUGGGGAGGACCAUGGGCCUGGAGGUCACAGAGGAGGACGUCAGCGAGCUGGUGGACGAGCACGACCACGAGCUGACCACCCAGGAGCUGGUCGAACUGCAGGCAGAGGCUGUGCAGGAGCAGGCCUCGCUGGAAGAGGAGGAAGCAACUGAGGAACGGCUGUCCUCCAAAGAACUGAGGGACAUUUGCCAGAAGUGGAAGGAGGUGCAGGCUUUUGCACAGCGGCACCACCCUAACAAGCACGUGGCACAUGACCAGGCGAACACUUUUGAUGCGACGGUCAUGUCGCCUUUCAGGGAGCUGCUGAAAAGGCGGAUGAAGCAGCAGACCAUGGACAGGUUCCUCAGCAAGAAGCAAAGAGUGGAAGAGGAACCUUCUUUGACUGGUCCCCCAGAGUCUUAGAAAAUGUAUGU